AGCGUCUUUCAUCUUCCGUGAACUUCGGAUCCUCUUAUACGUUGUUUUUCUGACGGAGUUUUCAAGGGAGGAUAAGCAUCCCAUGGAACACCUUGGUUCUUCCCGUAGGCGAGGAGUGCCUUUUCAACUCUCUCUAUUGCCAUAUCUAUGUGGGAGAAGCUCCCUCUGGCUGGAGUGGAAGGUAGCUUCUUGCCAUAGCCGUGUGCGUUGCCCAGCUUCCAAGGAGAUGAAGUAUCAGAACGCAAGGAGACAUCUUGCCUCCGUUUGAAUGAUGACCUUUCGCCAUAUCCGUUUUUCAAUCGAAGCGCGCAUCGCCGUCCUCCACCGUCUCCUGCACCGCCUCCCGCCACAUCCAUAACUCUCAAUCAACGUGCACCUUAACAUCUUCCUCCUCCGUUUUCAGUACUACUCUCCGCCAUAACUCAAGCAACGUCCAUCUCUCCGUUUUUCUGAAUCAUUUGCGAAUCCCUCCUUCCCCUAUGUUUGACACAUCAUCGAUCUUUGCACGGAAAAAUCCCUACUUGCUUGUGACACGUGUCCUCGCUGGCUCAUCAGUUUUACCCCUUGCCUGCCGGGGACACGUGCCCUCUAUCUACCUCUCGUUGUGGUCUCAUCAUAGUCUAGAGCUUUCCCCGUGUUUUGGCGGGAGUUUCAUCUCCCAAACAGAGCCUACCCGUGUUUUGGCGGGAGUUCGAAAUCCGAAAACGCUUCUACUCGUGUGUUGGCGGGAGCCUCACUGGAAUUGAGAGCGAGCGAAUCCGGUUCCGCUCAUGUAAGGCCGACGCAGAACGACGGGCACAGCAGCGACGGUGCGAUCGCGGGAUCCCUCUCGCGGCCAAUUUGGUUCUCUCUUGGGAUCCUACUAGUCUUUGACUGUGGCACGUUCCGCUGAAGCUCGUCUCUGGAUUUGAACUUGGGUCUGCGUUUCAACGGUUUGUGGUACCAACUGGUCCGCGUUGGUCCGUCGCUGAAGUCCAUUGGUUAACUGCUGUUCCGCUGGUGCUUUCUCCGGUUCUCUCUGACUGUUGUCUCAAGUUCGUUGUCCUGGAAGAAGCACUCUGCACUCACAAAUUCCUUCUGCCAAUUAUUGUGAUGCUAGACACUGCAUGGGCAGGCAGGGCGUUAAUUUCAUGUCCUCCUCUUCCCCUCCUUAGCGCCCUCACGUGAGUGCGCUGUCGAAUCAGCAGGGCGUGACACCCAUCUCCAUGAACGAUCCCCACUCUGGCCUUCUGUUCAUAGUUACGCCUUGCUUCUUUCGGUACACCGACUGUGAUCAGAGGUAAACCGCUCGAGCUGUUCGGUGAUGCUAGUAUCUAUCCUCUGACGUCCUUCCUCAUUCUCCAUCAUUAGAGAGGCCGUCAGUGGCCCCCCAUACAGUGGAGGAGGAGAUGGCGCUGACAGCAUGCAGAUCAGGUGGGGUAGGUGGGAGGAGGAAGGCUCAGAGAAACACGGUGAGGCGGUUGCCUUUGGCCACCAAUAUGAUGAUGGAUUGUGGCGGUAGAUCUGUCCACAUGCAGUCUUGUCGCCUCCCCUUUCAGUCCGCUCUUCCCUUUCUCAUUUCGCUUGUUCACCUCCUCUUCCUCCUCCUUGCUUUUGUGGUGGUCCCGCAGUCUGCCGAUGCCGUCAAUCUUUACGAUAGGUUGUAUGCGAGGGGUGGGCGAUCUUUCUCGGUGAUCGAUCCGGAUAACAUGACAGUGGUUUGGGACAGCGGGGAUGCGUUUGAACGAACCAUCUCAGUGGAAUCUGCGAGUUACUUCAACUCCAGGGGCUUUACCGCUGCCGAGUUUGACUCUCUCUUGGAACGACGGAUACUUAACCAAACUGCGGGACCGCUAAUAAGACAGGACUGGCUAGAAAGUUUCCGUGCUGGGACUGUAGAUUCGCAGAGUACCAAGCUGGGGUGCAGGCCGCGCGCGUUAGUGCUCGGGAUGAUGAACGGGGGGAAGGAUCGUUAUCUGUUUGUCGCUCUGACGAAUCCGGCGGGAAUCAUGGUGUAUAACUUCAGCAACCCGGUGGCGCCUACCUUCAAGACGUGGACUAAGCUGUUAACUCAGCACUUGGAACCAGAAGCUCUGCAUUUCACCGAAGCGGACCAAACAGAUGCACCGUACCUGUACGUGACUUGCGGAUUCAGUGCGAGUCUGCUUGUAUUUCAAGUCAACGCCGAUGGCGGUUUGACCACUGUUGCUGCCUACGAUGGCACCAUGGGGGUCAAACCGGUCCCAUUUGGUGCCAGACUGAUCAAUGGUCUCACGACCUACACUGCCAUGGGUUUUGUGCCGGAUGAGGAUAGCAUCUUCGGCGUUCCCAUGAUUCUCGUGGCCAACCAGUAUGCUCGCAGGGUCGAGGUCUUUCUGUUUAACACCACGGCGACGGUCUUGCAGAUUCAGCGGCUGGGGGACAUCGACUUGUCCACGGGAAUUGCGUCGAUGAACUCGACCGCAGAAGUCUUCAAGCCCGGGUUCCCAACGGACGUCUACGUGCAGGGCAAUGUGUUGGCAGUCACCGUUGUGCCGUUCGAUCCAUCGAUGACCACCACUUUGACGAUCGAGCAACAGGCAGCGAUGUCGCCUGGCUCCGUCUUGUUUUAUCAGCUCAACUACGACGGCACUUUCCCUUUCACGUUCCUUAACUCCACCGACACGGGUUCGUAUCCAAAGAAGACGGUGUGCGGCGGAUCUCAGUGCUUGGUGGUCAACUACGCCAAGUGGGCCCAGGUCAACAGGCAAGGGGCCCAUAUUGAUCCUCCAGGGGGGGUGACUGUGAUCAGGAUGCCCAAUGAUGUCUACAGUCUGACUGGCGCUCUGAAAGAGUUGGGGUCGGCGAACCAUAGCUGGUCAAGUUACGUGGUCAAUCUGGUCUUCGAGAGGGUUAUUCUUGACGAAGAAGUUGAGCUUCCAGGGACCGGGCUCGUGGCUGCUGACCCUCAGCCUAUCGACAUUGCAUUGAACAACGUCUCCACCAUCGCCUAUGUGUUGCUAAGGAGCAGCAACGCCAUAGCCAAGCUCAAUUUGACGACGAUGGAGUACACGAAGGUCUACUGGCUCGGCGCGAAGAACUACUCGUCGGUAGCAAUCGACCCCAGUUCUCAGGAUGGAGGGCCCAACUUGCGGACGUUUGACAAUCUCUACGGGCUCUACAUGCCCAGCAGGAUGAAGGUCAUCCCUUCUUACCCCCCUUUUGGAAGCAAAGAGUACAUUAUCACAGUCAACGAAGGGGAGGACGUAAUGCAGCCCGGCGGCAAUGUCACGGUCAAGGACCUGCAGCUCGAUCCGGUCACCUUUCCCAACGCAGCGGAGUUGCAGAGUCCGGCCAACUUGGGAGAUCUCAGCGUCGUUGCAUGGAAGGGGUUGAAGUCGCAGCUCCAUACGGAGCUUUACAGCGGCCUCUCGAGGACGGCGGAAACUCCCUGCGAUACUUAUUCCUAUUUCCAGUUUGAAGUGAACUCCUCUUACGUCUGCAUGGACAUGCACGUGCAGUUGGCAGCCAUGCAAGGCACUCCGGACAUUUACGUGAGCAAAGAUCCCGCUCAUAAUCCGGAGAUCUACGAUCUCACCUGGUCCAAUUACGAGUCGACGUCGGACAACGUCGAGAACUUUGUCAUCAGCCACUUGGACCCUGAGUUCCAACCUGGAGUUUACUACUUCGGUGUCUACGCUUACUGCGAGCCUGCGCAGAAAGAGGCAGCCAUCUACAACAUCACUGUCACCCUAGAGGAGCCAGCGAGUAAAGACCCGGCCGACGACUUGGCGAGGUUCCCUGCAGUCAACGUGCAGCCUCGUGUUGACGGCCCGCAGUAUUACAGCUUCUGCAUGGUCCAUCCCUGCGCGCCGAUUCAAGUCAAUCUCAGCGACUGCCGACCUGGAGCCAACUUUUGUCCGGAGCUGUUGAUGUCAACAAGCGUUGUGCACCCCGAGGUUGAAGAUUACACGUGGAAGACGAUGGCCGGCCGCCGCGGAGUGUCCAUCGCUCCGGGCGAUGCCUACAACCAGGCCGGCGUGUUUUACGUUGGCGUCAUCAGUCGGUGUGUGGAUCCCGAUCCCGCCAACUGUGCGACUGCUAAUCCCGAGUCUGCAUUCAAUCUCAGCGUGACCUAUCCGUCCCAUCUACCAGAGGCAUGUCCCGACAAGCCAUACCCAGUGCUUCUGUCUCCUUCCGAUGCCGUAGUCCUGCAGCAGAAUCUGCCUGUCAAUCAAUCAACGACUUGCGGAGAGUACAGCUACUUCUCCAUCAGGGUAGAUGAUCCGUGCGAAGAUCUGGUGAUCGAGACCACCCCGGCUUGUCCGACUUGCGGUCUGCCUAGAAUCUUCGUGACGAAGGACUUUGUGAGCUCUCCGAAGGACGACGAUCGCACGUGGUCUAGCGACCAGACGUCUGGCAAGUCCUCGGUCACUGUGUCGGCCUUCGACAGGGACUUCUCCGUUGAGGGAAUGUUCUUUGUCGGUGUGCAGGCUGAUUGUUCAGCCGCGUCUGGGAACACUCCCCCUCUCACGGCGGUUUCUUACUCUAUCGUCGCGCAGCUGUCCUCCGCACAUGUGUAUAGAUGGGAGAAUGUUACGCAAAUGGACAUGAUGAACAAGAUGAUUAGUGACCAGUACGUUGGCGUUCCUCUGGACUAUCACUACUAUCACUUUUGUGUGCGGAACAGAACUAGCGGCAAUGUGGUUGUGACCCUCGAUAACUGCGUGUCCACGACCAGCUGCCCGAACACGUACUGGUGGCCGGAAAUGCUGGUCUCCAAGGUGAGGUGGAAUCCCACUGUGAGCGACCGUGCCUGGAGACUGGCGCAGCUGAACCGUAACAGCAUCACUCUCAGAGCUACCGAUCCUGAUGUCCGCCCAGGGCACUACUUUGUCGGCGUCUAUGCUUGGUGCAACAAGGACUGUAAUGCAUCGCAGGCGCAAGCAGGUCAGGCUUGCGCGCCAUGUGAAAACAUUCUCCACAGUCCGUACAAUCUGACAGUGCAGCAGGGGAACUCUCCUCUGGAAAUUGUGCCACCUGUCCCUGUGGACCAAUUGGGACCACAGAGCGCGACCGUGUCUGUUUCUUCUCCGCCGGGGAACUCUGCGGGGAGAGUUGGCUUCUCCUCCGGUAGCUGGAAAGAUUUGUUGCGCCACGUGGGGAUCGCUGCCGUUGUUGCCGUCUUUGUCGCCUUUCGGCCGCUGGAGGUGGCGUGAGCCCGGCAGCAGAGCAUACUGCACUGUUUGUUUAUUCAGCAAAGCAAGGAAGGUACUUGCCUCUCAGGAGCUGCGCUAGAGAGAGAGAGAGAGAGAGAGAGAGAGAGAGAGAGAGAGAGAGAGAGAGAGAGAGAGAGAGAGAGAGAAAGAGAGAGGAGGGGAGUGUGGGAGAGUAGUGGUGCUGCUGCUUGUGCAGUUCUACUGUCGGUUAUUUAUCUAUCGUCAAAGCGCUGCGUCAGUUGUCUGACGCAAAGUGCUUGUUUUGCUGCAGCUGGGAUCAUUAUGCUAGACAGUCGUUCCAGCUAGGAACUUGGGAGAAUGCACAAAAAGGUGGUAGGUAGGUUGGAAGGAGGGAGCAACCUCGACUCUGUGAAGCUGUGGAAGGCAGGUAUGGGGGUAUGCUAAUUUGACUGAACCUGGACGUGAGAAUGUAAAGAUGCAUCCGGAAAUGUCCGCAGUGCGAGUUGUAUUCUAUAAACGAGGCAGUUGCUUUGUUGCAUUGGAGAUCUGACGAUACUUCAGUGACUGAAUCUGGACGUAAAGAAUGUAAACAUGCAUUCGGGAAGUCUGUAAUGUUAUUUACGGUCUAUAAGUGGCAGGUGCUUUUGCAUGUGCUCUUUCUGAUCUCGCAGGAGAGUGAAGAGUGGAGGGCACGUUUGUUGGUAGUCACUUGUUUGCUAGGAUAUUUUGACUGAACCUGGACGUCAGAAUGGAAAGGUGCAUUCAAGAAACAGCUGCUUGCUUAAUUACACUGGGCUUCUGAACAAGCAGCAGCUUUAUAGUGGUCAGGAGAUCGAAGACUCAGAAUACAGAUUUGUUGGCAAUCACUUGCGGUACUCCCACUUGCACUAUCUUUAAUGUAUCUGAUCGAAGUUACGGUCAGACAUGCAUGUAUCUGGCUGCAUUUACGUCCAUAAACAAGUGAAGAAGUGCUAGUGCGAUUAUGCCCUCGUUCUGAUUAUGCUGCGAACCUAC